GAGCAAAAGCAGGAUUUUGUGCUGUCGCACCACCAAAUUCAACCCACGAGGAACACGCUGCUGCACAUGCGCACACACUUCACCACAUUUGACAGCCACAAACAGCAGCAUGCCGCGACACAGGCGCAACAACAAAGGGAAGAAGAAGAAGGGAGGUGGCAAGGCCUCGUCACAGCAGCAGCAGCAGCAACAACAGCAACAGCAGAGGAGAGAUCAGGAGCAGCAAAAAGCGGGUCAGAAGAACAACGCCGAUGCAGUGAAGAACGCUGUCGCGCCUCUGCUGGUGCAGUUGGCAGAUGAGGCCGCUGCAGCGCGGCACCUCGCCUGUAACAGUCUCGCACACAUCACUGCCGAUCCCGCAGCACAUGCACCACUGCUGGAAAUGGGCAUUGUGGAGCCGCUUCGAGCAGCGCUCAACGACUCGGAGAACCUCCCCGUACAGGCAGAAGCCGCCGGCUGCUUCAGGAAUCUCGCCACAAGCAGCGAUGACAGCAUUCUGGGGCACGUCUUUGACGAUGCCACACAACACACCCUCAGCACCGUGUUUGCAAAACGUGUGUCGGAGAUUGAGCAGACAGUUGCGGAGGCCGACGAUGAGCACAAACUUCACUUCUUUGAUGUCUUGGAACAGCUCUGCAAAAUCUUCAGCCUCCUGUGCGAAACGAAUCCCAUGAUGGUUGAGGCCAUCACAGCGGCACCUGACAUGCUUGCCAACAUGGUGGCGUGCAUGCGGCCCAGUCUCCUUCCACUUCCCCUCUGCAUCAACGCAGCAUCGUCCCUGCUGGUCAUCUCCGAGGACAACGCGGCGUUUUCAGAGUGGUUGGUGGGAAACACGCAAGCACAGCAGCAUCUCGUGUCGCUUGUUGCGGCCACCGCCACAGAACCUUUCACUGCAGAGCUGCGCCUAUCAGCGGCAGGCGUACUUGCUAAUGCGCGCGCCACGGACAACGAGGAGACGCUUGGCGCUGUUGUUGCGUGUGCCGGCACCGUCUUGGACGAAGACACACGCGCGGCGCUCACCGCCCUCGUUCCCGUUCUGCCGCAGGCUCGACAGGCCGAACAGAACAACUUUGUCGCAGACGAAAGCGUUCAACUUGCUGCUGUCAAGAGCAACAUCCGCGCACAGCGCCUCGCCUUGGAAAUCCUGACCAACAUGCUGUGCCUCUCCUCGCCAGAUGAGGAGUGGACGGUGAUUGACGAGGAUGCAGAUGACGAUGAUGCUGCGAUGGCGAUGAUGGAGGAGGAGGAACAACAGCAGCACGGCAGCAUGGACGCAGAGGCCGCUGCGCGCAUGGAGAUGCUCUUUGCACACAUGGACCAACAUGCCAUCUUCAGCAAGGUGCUGGCGCGGUGCCAACCGCUUGAUGCCACCACCCACUCCUGCUUCACCAAGCUCGGCGAUUGGGGCCAAUUGCAGCUCAACCAGUUCCACAUGCUGCUGCAAGCUGCAGUGAACAUGAUCAACAACAUCACGUCGGCUGGGGAGCGUGGCGUGCGCUGCUUCGGUGAUCUCGGCGCCCUCUGGCUUGCGUGUUUCUCCCUCUUCCAACACUCAAACAAGGACAUUGUCCAGAGCGCAACAACGGCGGCGUGGUCUGUGCUGCGAACUGCACUCACCAGUGAUGAAAUCCGCCAGGGCAUGCAAAUUCCGCGGGAGCACCUUGAAAUUGUGUUUCUGGUUGCCUCUGACUCGUCGUCGCCAGAGGAGGCGCGCACGGCGUGUGUUGGCGUGCUCGCGUGUGUUUCGCAGCUGCCGGCAAACAAGCAAGACCUCGUGGACCUGGGCAAGGCAAUCGCACACGCCGCAGCCACCGACCCGUCUCCCUGGGUGCGCAUGGAGGCGAUCAAUGGAGUCUUCGAUGCGUUUGCAGAGGCCGACGUCAACCAAGAGUACAUCGCAUCUGGCCUGGCGGAGACGGUGCCCAAGCUCUUGGCAAACACGCGCGUUGAGCGUGGCAUGCCACCGGACCUCAAGGCGCGCGUGUCUGAGACGCGCUUGAACCUCAAGCGCUUCAUCGAGUACAAAAAUGCACAGUAACACACGCACAUGCGCACUAGACCUCGCACCAUUCCUCUCCACCUCUGUGUCUCUUCCAGUCUCUCUCUCUCUCUCUGACUCUGGCACAUCCCCCCCCCCCUGGUGGCUUGGGUUGUGCUUGAUCGUGUAUUGGUCAACUGAAGCUUGAAACUUGCCUCGACGCACAGCCAAUGGGAAAUCCACGCAGUGUACACGCAGACGCACGUACAGACGCACCGGAUACUUGCAGAUACACGCAGAUACAGGGGCGA